GCAGAUGAAUAAACUCAAGGCGAUAUUUCUUACCAAACCCAACGCGACUCCUGCAGACAUCAAAGGACUACUGGUCCCUCACGGUCUUAUCGGGAUUAGUGUUGAUGUAGAUGACAAGUUUCGUGAACUUAAGAAUAUCUACAUCGUGCAUGAACCGCGAGAAGGGAUGAACAGGCACCCUUUGAUCAUCGUUGGUCAUGGGAGGACAAAGGAUAUCAAGCUAGAUAACAAGCUGUUUUUCAUUGUGCAAAACACAUGGGGUACGAUCUGGGGUAUCAAUGGGUAUGGAAGGAUCAUCAUCGAAAAGACAUGCCCUAUCUUUUACGUUGGUGAAUUGGUGAAGUAGUUCUGAUAUGGAUCGUUA